AUGUUCAAACCAGUCGCCCUCGGCCUCAUGGGCCUCCAGUGCGUGGCGGGCCUCCGGUUCGCCAUGUACGUCGAUGAAUACCACACCACCGAUCUCCCCGGAACCGACCAAACUGACGGUAUCACGCACGCCAUCAUGGCAUUUGCUCCAUCAACACUCUUCAACACUGACUCUCCCCAACAAUUCUCCCCCUUUGAGCCAGUGUCCACCUUCCGCAACCGCUUCACCCCGGACACAAAAGUGAUGAUCGCCAUCGGCGGCUGGGGCGACAGCUCUGGGUUCUCCGAUGGAGCGAAAGACGAAGAGUCACGGAAUCAGUACGCGAAGAACGUCGCUGCAAUGCUAGACGACAAUGGUUUCGAUGGCGUUGACAUCGACUGGGAGUACCCCGGCGGCAACGGCGCCGACUACAAGCAAAUCCCCAAUAGCGACAAAGCCGACGAGAUCACUACCUACCCCCUCUUUCUCUCGGCCAUCCGCUCCGCCAUCGGCCCCAACAAGACCCUCUCCAUCGCUGUCCCCGGCAAAACCGAAGACAUGAUCGCCUUCACAUCCACCACCGGCCCCCAGAUCUGGCCCUCCAUUGACAUGGCCAACAUCAUGACUUACGAUCUAAUGAACCGUCGAAACAACGUCACAAUGCACCAUACCUCCGUCGUGGACUCAUUGAACACCAUUCAAGCCUAUGCUGAUAUCGGACUCCCAGGGGCAAAGACAAACCUGGGUAUGGCAUACUACGCGAAAUGGUUCGAGACAGACCCCGACGCGGACUGUGAUUCCCAACCACUGGGUUGUAAGACCGUGGUGAUGGAGAAUGAUGACGGGAGCGAUAACGGGAAGAGUGGCAGUUUGACCUUUGAGAAGAGCGUUAUGAGUGAUCCGCCCAAGGAUCUGAAGACCAGCUAUGAUGGGACUUGUGGGUUUGAUAAGGGGACCAAAUGUCCCGACGGACAAUGUUGUAGUCAGUAUGGCAAUUGCGGAACAACCGACGACUUCUGCCAAGCCGGCUGCCUCUCCGACUACGGCACCUGCAAGGGCAUCUCGAUCAUCGAUUCGUGGCGUAAGGCUCUCGCGGAUGGAACCCUGGACGAGGAUAAGGGUGGACAGUACUAUUUCGAUGAUGAAGUGGAUGUCUUCUGGACGUGGGAUACGGCGGAUAUGAUUGCCCGGAAGUUCACGGAUAUUGUGGAUCAGAUGGAUCUCGGUGGUGUGAUGGCGUGGAGUUUGGGUGAGGAUACUCUGAGUUGGGAGCAUUUGGGGGCGAUGCAGGAGGGGGUGCAGGAGAGGUCAUAG